AUGGGUUCCCAAAGCAAAUAUCAGCUGCCCUUCAAGCUGAACAACCCAGAUCUCCUUCACAAUCUCUCGUUUGUGAACGGCGAGUGGGUGCGAGCCAAAUCAGGUAAAACAUUCGAGGUCGUCGAUCCUGGAACUGGAAAACCAUGGAUAGAGUGUCCGACGAAUGACGCAUCCGAUGUCGACGAUGCCGUCAAAAGCUCCCACGAGGCUUUUCAGACUUACAAGAAACUCAGCCCGCGACAGAGGGCGCAAAUGCUGUACAAAUGGGAUGCUCUGAUCAAAGAAAACAGAGAAGACAUAGCGACCAUCCUUGUAUAUGAGACGGGAAAGCCAAAAUCUGAGGCCUAUGGAGAGAUUGACUAUUCGACCGGAUUCACCUGGUGGUUUGCUGGAGAGGCCGAACGGAUCCAAGGCACCGUGUUUACCCCUGCGCUUCCCAAUCGACGUGUCUUUACCAUUAAACAGCCAAUCGGUGUAUCUGUCGCGCUGGUGCCAUGGAACUUUCCCAUUGCAAUGAUCUUGAGAAAAGCGGGUGCUGCAUUAGCUGCGGGAUGUACAAUGGUUGUCAAGCCCAGUCCAGAGACACCAAUUACCAUCCUCACGUUGGCGUACCUUGCGCAAAAGGCCGGAUUCCCCAAGGGAGCUCUCAAUGUCUUGACUACGGACCUUGAUAAGACGCCCGAGCUGAGUGAAGCGCUGUGUCGCCAUCCGCUCGUCAACAAGGUCACUUUUACGGGCUCAACACGCGUGGGAAAGCUUGUUGCGAAGAUAUGCGCAGACAAUCUAAAGAAAGUCACACUGGAGCUGGGAGGAAACUGUCCUGUCUUGAUCUUUGACGAUGCAAGUAUCGAGCAAGUAGUGAGUCAGAUCUAUGCUCUGAAAUAUCGUCACGCUGGCCAAGCGUGUAUCACGGCGAACCGUAUCUACGUCCAGUCCGGCAUCUUUGACAAGUUCCUUGCGCGCUGGAAUGAAGAGACUCAAAAGAUUGUGGUUGGCCAUGGAGCCGACGAGAAGACAACAAUGGGCCCAGUGACGACGCCGCGCGGUGUUGAAAAGGCACUUGCUCUGGUGGAAGACGCGAAAAAGAAGGGGGCGACGAUACACACGGGCGGCAACAAGAUCGAAAAGGACGGCGGUUACUUCUUCGCGCCUACGGUCAUCUCUGGUGUCACACCUGACAUGGAUCUCGCCCAGGAAGAAGCAUUUGCUCCCAUCAGCACGUUCAUCAAAUUUGACACGGAAGACGAGGCGGUAAAGGCUGCCAAUGACACGGGCAUGGGCCUGGCAUCUUACUGCUUCACAAAGAACGUUGACCGGACAUGGAGACUGUUUGAGAAGCUCGAAGCGGGUAUGAUUGGACUCAAUACGGGCAACUCAUCCGCUGCAGAGUCUCCAUUCGGCGGCAUAAAACAGAGCGGCUACGGAAAGGAGUCCGGGAAGGAUGUCGCAGUAAACGAGUAUCUCAUCACCAAGACCGGCACUUUUACGCUAGAAGAAGAGUCUUAG